AUGAGUUAAUGGAUUUUUAGAAUUCAUUAAUGCAAAUCUACCAAUUACACAAGAGAUUCCCCAUAAGUAUUAUAUAAAGCCUGUUUUCAAUUUACAGAGUUAGGAGCUGUGAUAACAGGAUUACUAGUUGGUGAUGUGAAUACAAAAAGUUCUUAUGAAGAAGGGCUUUUUAGUAUGUGGAAAUCAAAGCUUACAAAAAAUUCGUCUAUUAAGAUAUUGCUCUCAUUAGUUCUACCAUUUAUAAUUUUGAUUCCUUUUAUAUUUAUAAAUUUGAUUAAUGUUUUAUAUAGUUCAUGUAUUGAAUGAAUAAUAAUUUUAGAUUAUUCCAAAAUUUUUGGGAGUUGGUGGAAUCAUAAAUUGGGUAUUUCCAUAUCCUCUAAGUCGAUAUAAAUUACAAAUACCAGGUGA